UUUUAUUUAAGAGCCCACCUCCGGGGUUUGGAAUUCUUUUUCCAACUCCGAAUUCUCCUGGUCGUUGGGCUUCCUGCGAUCCUGAUCCCCUUCUCAUUCCAUCCUGGCCGGGCUCCGGCCAAUCUCCGCUCCAGGCGUUUCUUUCGGCUUCGCCAAGCGGUGGAGGAGCAGCGAAUUCCGGGGUUUUAUCCCAGCAGAGGUCCUGCUCCUUUUUUUGGCCAUGAUUUCUGAACUCCUCGAUUAGAACAAAAAGAAAGCAUCACUGAUCUGAGAACUAGUACACCUGAGAAGGAGCAGCAUGGUUUCUUAUUUUCUUUUCCAAGAAAAACCAGUGUGAUUUGCUACAAGAUUAGCUUCUGCCGCGAGAUUUCGCCGAGUUCUUCCCUGCUUGCCUGUACCUGUAGUUACUACUGUGUGGUGUGGGGGCACUGCCCAGCGACAGGCAACAUCUGAUGCAUGCAGUUAAUCCCAUUGAAGUUUCUUCGGCUAUGCCAGUUCCUCGAACCUGCCCGCGCGCUUGGUGGAAGAGGAGGAAUUGGCGCGCAGCUCAUUUCUGCUAGUCGCGUGACGCGUUUGUUUCAGUUCUACGUGAGCUUUCGUAUCGAUGCAGGCAGUGUUCUGUCGUACGUCUGCGACAAGAGAGGACAACUACAUUGAAACUAGAUCAUAUGAUUUUUAUGGUAACAUGAUACUGAGUUUUUCACACAAAAAAUGGUAGAAGAAAAAAAUUCAUCACAAGAUACGGUACAGAUAAGUGGAAACGUCACACUUCAGAAUGUUUCUUAUGAGAAAGAUGUCAUGGAGAUAAAAUUGGCAGAUACUGUUGAUUCUGAUAAUUAUGGUGGUAAUUUUGUCAAGGAUGUCUGUGUUGAUGAAGGGGCAAUACUUCAUAGGAAGAUUUCAGAAGAAAAACCAGUAGAUAAAAGGUCAUCCCCAAAUUUCAGUUGCCAAAUGAUCCCUGCAAACAGUGACAUAAGAUAUGGGAAGAAAGAUGAUUCUAAAAAAUACAUGCACGAACUAAAGCCAGAAGCAGUUGUCCCAGUUGACUUUGCUCCUGAUUAUGACAACGAGAAACAACACUCUUCUGGUAAAGAGUAUGAUCUUGAAGAUCGGACUACUACUUCUUGCAUUGCAGGCGAUCCCAGUGAGAAGAUAAGCUUGCAAGAGUUACUUCGCCUCGAAAGUGCAGAAGAAUCCCGACAUGCAAGCACAAUAAACUCCGAGAGCAGUGAAAUUCAUGAAGAGGCAGUUGGACAGACUUCCAAAGAUGGUUUUCCUGAUGCUCAGGUUGCUUUGACAAACACCAGUCAGCCUGUCAGUAGCGGUACAUCAAGUAAGGAGAAUACCAGCGGUUGCUCAGGAACGAUGUCUGAAUGCCAUGAUGCAGCUUCAGCAUUAGAUGUGAGAGAGCCACACAAAAUUGAUCGCUACAAUCCUUUCAUUGAUCAUAGGUUAGAGGAUGCCUCAGAGCCUGAGCGCUCUAUACCAGGAAUCACAGAUGCUGCUUCCGCAGAUUCCAUCUGUGCCAUCGACAAUGCGGUAAAUGGCUCCACAGGAUUAGAUGAAGUUGAAACAGUUGAACCCGGGACAGAUGCGGUGAGUACAAGUAGUUCAGACAUUCAGUCAUCUGGAAAGAGUGAUGAUCAUAGUGGAAGUAUUUUUAGCAAGGCCAUCACUGGUGCAGUGGAUGAAACUGCAGUUGCUACAUCUUCAUCCAGCAAUACUGAACCUAGCAAUGCAAAUGGGGAUAAUCAAGAAAAAUGCGUGAGUGAUGGUGUUGCUGAUCAGAUAGAUGAGGAGCACCGUGUAGGCUCAGAUGGUGCAGUCAAUAAGAGCUCCACCCUUGCGCAAGAUCAUUCUGUGGCGGAACAAACGGCGUCUGAAAGUUCGAAAUCAACUGCUCGCAUUGGCAACGACAACCCCUCUGAACCUAACUUCUUUGGUCCCAGUAUCAUGUCAGGGCCACUGUCGAUGUCCGGUCAUAUAGCGUAUUCUGGCAACGUCUCUCUUCGGUCAGAUAGCAGCACCACUAGCACCCGGUCCUUCGCAUUUCCAGUGUUGCAGAGGGAGUGGAUCAGCAGCCCGGUGAGGAUGGCGAAGGCGGAACGUCGGCGCAACAGGCGGCGCCGCGCGUGGAGGAAAGGACUCAUCUGCUGUAAAUUCUGAUCCAUCGCGGUCGCCCUUCGCAUCCCUUCCCGCGGAAUUCAGCUCCUUCCACGGUGGGUGCACGCGCGAGGCGGAAAGAAACAUCCUUGGGAUCUCGUUUGGGUCCAUGGUAUUUCCUUGGAAAGUUCGGGGUCGGAGAACAAGCUUGAGCUAUAGUCACUGAGCAUUCCAACGAAAUACCACUCAUCCAAACGCCCCCUUGGACAUGGCGGUGGUUCUCUCGCGCUCCACAUAUUACCCUGCUCCUUUUAUUGAUCCCGGAGCAGGUUGAGUGAAGGUAGUAUAUAGCUGUAGUGUAGUGAUGGUGCUUUUCUUCUUCUCCCCCUUUGUCCGAAAAUGUGCUUUGAAAAUUCGUUUGUUCUGUUAGUUUUUUUCGUUGGUUUGUUUGAGGUAGCAGCAUUCAUGACACCGUGCUUUACUUGCCCGUUCAGAUUCCACC